GCAACAAACUACGUGACGGGUGCAAAUUGGUGGCUCGUCGGUCAGCAGCAGCAAGCUCUCGAGCUGUCUACGGCGACCAGCGGAUUGAUGUGUCUGUUUGCCCGGUCCUCUUUCUGCUCGCCUGAUAUCCGCGUUUCCCUUUCUUUUUACAACCGUUUCAUUUCUUCUUUGGUCGUCACACAACGAUAUAAAAACUGAAGUCGCUUUGGUGAAGCACCGUCCCCUCCCCCCCUUCCCCAUCCCUUCCUAUUAUAAAUAUUCUUUUGAGUAUCCUUCAUUGUCAAGCCGCCAAAGUGGAGAGUGUGAUUUCAGAAGGGGGUGCUUCUCGUUUCAGUGCUUCUUCGGGGGGAGGAGGUGGUAGGGGCGCACCUCAGCACUAUCCCAAGACUGUCGGCAACAGCGAGUUCCUGGGGAAAACCCCAGGGCAAAGCGGUCAGAGAUGGGUUCCUUCACGAAGCACUAGACGAGAUGUCAACUCCAGCACCGACAAAGAGCAACACGAUGGUAUCUUUAGGACAGUGAGGGGCAUACUCAACAAACUCACGCCGGACCGGUUUGACAAGCUAUGCCUUGAGCUCCUGAACGCGGGCGUAGACUCGAAACUCGUCCUCAAAGGAAUCAUCUUGCUGAUCGUAGACAAAGCCCUAGAAGAGCCCAAGUAUAGCUCGCUCUAUGCUCAGCUAUGUCUGCGCUUGGCAGAGGACGCACCAAACUUUGAUGGCCCAUCAUCUGAGCUCCAAACAUCCCAAAAGCAGAACACAACCUUCAGAAGACUGCUGAUUUCCAAACUUCAAGAUGAAUUUGAAAACCGCGCCAGAAAUGUUGAAAUCUAUGACAAAGAUGACAACCCUCUUACUUCUGAGGAGGAGGAGCAGCGCUCCAUCGCCAAGAUCAAGAUGCUUGGCAACAUUAAAUUCAUCAGUGAACUCGGCAAACUCGACCUCAUCCACGAAUCUAUCCUUCAUAAGUGCAUCAAAACACUUCUGGAAAAGAAGAAGAGAGUCCAGCUCAAGGAUAUGGGGGAGGAUCUGGAGUGCCUCUGUCAGAUAAUGAGAACUGUGGGGCCGAGACUCGACCAUGAGAAAGCAAGGUCUUUAAUGGGUCAGUAUUUUGGCCGCAUGCGGUCCUUAAUGAACAACAAGGAGUUGUCCGCCAGGAUCCGCUUCCUGCUGCAAGACACACUGGAACUGCGAGAAAACAACUGGGUCCCCCGCAAGGCUUUCAUCGACAACGGACCAAAGACGCUUCACCAGAUCCGCCAGGACGCCGUGAAAGAUUUGGGUGUUUUCAUCCCAGUGCCCAUGUCUCAGGGGAUGAGGAUGGACUUCUUCCUGGAAAGCCCCUUCAUGCCCAACAGAAUGAAACUGGACCGGGAGACUCUCGGAGGACUGGCCGACAUGUUUGGACAGAUGCCGGGCGGUGGGAUAGGAACCGGCCCGGGGGUCAUUCAGGACAGGUACUCGCCCACUAUGGUACGCCAUCGCACCAACCCGCUCUUCAACGGCCACGGUGCCCACGGCGCCCACGGCGGCCACGGCGCCCCCCCACCGCAGACGCAGUUCGAAGCGGGGCCAAAGUCCUUCGUUAAGUCCAACCAGGUUCAGAGCCAGCACUUCCUCAACCAGAACCAGAACCACAUGGCCCAGCAACAGGUCCAGUCCAAGGACACGCCUCCACGAUUUAGCAAGAAAGGACAGCUCAAUGCAGAUGAGAUCAGCCUCCGGCCUGCUCAGUCAUUCCUCCUCAACAAGAACCAGAUCCCCAAGCUCCAGCCCCAGAUCCCCACCAUGAUGCCCUCCAGCACCCAGCCCCCACGCACUCAGACCCCUCCUCUGGGACAGCCUCCACAGCUCGGCCUGAAGACCAACCCGCCGCCCAUCCAAGAGAAGCCUCAGAAGACGAACAAGAAACCGCCUCCAUCCAAGGAGGAACUGCUUAAAAUGACGGAGGCGGUCGUGACGGAGUACCUGAACAGUAAGAACCUGACCGAGGCCGUGGGCGGCGCCAGGGAGAUGAAGGCGCCCAAGCACUUCCUGCCGGAGAUGCUGAGCAAGAUCAUCGUGUGCUCCCUGGACCGCCCCGACGAGGACAAGGAGCACGCCAGCACCCUGAUCCACGCGCUCCGCACCGAGGGCCUCGUCACCGGAGAGAACUUCAUGCAGGCGUUCCUCAACGUCCUGGACCAGUGCCCCAAAAUCGAGCUGGACGUGCCCCUGGUGAAGUCCUACCUGGCCCAGUUCGCGGCCCGGGCCGUCAUCGCCGAGCUGGUGGGCGUGGCCGAGUUGGCCCACCCGCUGGAGAACGGCACCCACUUCCCCCUCUUCCUGCUUUGCCUGCAGCAGGCGGCCAAGCUGAAGGACCGGGAGUGGCUCACCGACCUCUUCCAGCAGAGCAAGGUCAACAUGCAGAAGAUGCUCCCAGAAAUCGACCAGAACAAGGACCGCAUGCUGGAGAUCCUGGAGGGGAAGGGCCUGAGCUUCCUGUUCCCGCUGCUGAAGCUGGAGAAGGAGCUGCUGAAACAGAUCAAGGCAGACCCGUCUCCUCAGUCCAUCUACAAGUGGAUUAAGGACAACAUCUCGCCCAAGCGCCACACCGACAAAGGCUUCGUCAACAUCCUCAUGACCAGCUUCCUCCAGUUCAUCUCCCAGGAGCUGUGCGUGACGGAGGGCGACGAGCAGCUGUCGGCGCCCCCCAAAGACCAGCUGGAGCAGGAGAAGCAGCUGCUGCUGGCCUUCAAGCCCGUCAUGCAGAAGUUCCUGCACGACCACACCGAGCUGCAGGUCAGCGCCCUCUACGCCCUGCAGGUGCACUGCAACGCCAGCGCGUUCCCUAAAGGUAUGCUGCUGCGCUACUUUGUCAACUUCUACGACAUGGAGAUCAUCGAAGAAGAGGCCUUCCUCGCAUGGAAAGAAGACAUCACCCAAGAGUUCCCGGGAAAGGGCAAAUCUUUAUUCCAGGUCAACCAGUGGCUCACCUGGCUGGAGACGGCGGAGGAGGAGGAGUCGGAGGAAGAAGCCGACUGAGAGAACCCGACGGGAAGAUCAACCGCAUCUCAUUAGUGCACUCGCCUCCUCUUUUUUUUAUUAUUAUUAUUUUAGUUUAACUCAUCUUUAAUUUAACCACUAGCGCGGCACUUAAGCUGCAACUUGUAAACCCAAAGCUCGUACCUGUAGGGCCUCGUGUGACCGUAACCGCGACGACGGGCUGAGAAGCCUCGUUGAGCCGUCGCCUGAUGGAUGUUUGAUUUCUGGAUCUUUGUCCCCGAUCAGCUACAUGAAUUAAUGUGUGUGUGUGUGUGUUCUUCUUUUAAAAGUUUGUAACUUUUUCUUUCUUUUCUCUGUAUUUUCACUCCAAUCCCCCGAUUUUGAGACUCCCUAAAAUUGAAUAUAUUAAAUUAGUGGUCCCCUGCUAAUGCUAAUGCUAAUAAAUAAAAAAUUUAAAAAAGCAUCCGGCUUAGUAAUAAUAACAAAAGGUCCCGUGGGUGACCUUUGACCUUCUGAGAGCAUCAACAAGAUGAAUUAAGGUGCGUGUUUAGUCAACAUAUGCUUACUAAAAUAAACUUGUUUUUAAAUAAAAGUGCUCUUCGUAAUCGAUGAUGAUGAUUGAUGAGCAUCUUCCCUCGUU